AUGGUAGCACCAAACUCACCAUCUGUCAUUUAUUUAAUAACCGGAGCAAACCGUUCUCGAGGCAUAGGAUUGGCUUUAGUUCAACACGCUUUGGAGAAGCACGAGAACGCCUUUGUGUAUGCGGGAGCGCGUGAUCCAGACAAAGCCAAUGCCCUCCAUGAGCUGAAAGAGAAAUUUGUCGGCCGUCUUGAGAUUGUUAAAUGUGUCUCGGGAGACAGUGAGGGAAAUGCUGUUGUGGCAAAACAAAUUGAAGAACGUCAUGGCCGAGUCGAUACUGUUAUUGCAAAUGCAGCCAUAUGGAACUCAUUUACACCCGUUUCUGAAGUGUCGGUAAAGGAUUUUGAAGAGCACUUUCAUGUUAACACGACAGGGCCUAUUGUCCUAUUUCAAUCAAUGUUAUCUCUUCUCAAGAAAAGCAUUAGUCCGCGUUUUAUAUCCGUUAGUAGCAUUGGGGGAUGCAUCGGAAUGGGGCUGGUCCCCACUCAAGCAGGUGCUAUAUGCUACGGUGCUAGCAAGGCUGCAUUGAACUGGGCCACAAGAAAGAUACACUUCGAAAAUGACUGGUUAGUGGCAUUUCCUCUGUCUCCGGGAGGAAUUUCAACAGAUAUGGUCACCAAUGCCUGCAAUGAUGAUCCAGUAUUUAAUUCACUGGUCUCAGGUGUAGAGCCUACUGCAGCUGAGGCAGCUGUUUCUAUCCUUAAAGUUAUCGAUGAAGCAACGCGUGAGGAACAUGGGGGAGAGUUUAUUCAUUUGGAUGGGACAAAGAUAUCUUCCUGGAAGAGAAAUAAAGAAGAUAUUUAA